AUGAAAAUACCAACAAAAGAAGAUUUUAAAACAAUUGCUAACGACUAUUACAAUAUAUGGAACUUUCCUCACUGUCUAGGAGCUAUAGAUGAUGCUAACUAUCGACUAACAUUUAUUGAUGUGGGUGCUUAUGGCAAGCAGAGCGACGGUGGUAUAUUUCGAGAAAGCAAUUUGUAUCACUUACUACAAAGUUCGAGUUUGAACAUUCCCGAAGAAGACAGCUUACCAGGAACACAAAUUCACAUGCCAUAUGUUUUAAUUGGUGAUGAAGCUUAUCCUUUGCUAGAGAAUCUGCUAAAACCGUAUGCUAAAAAUCAGCUGACAUUAGAUGCAGAAUACUUCAACAGAAGACUAUCACGGGCACGAAAAACAAUAGAAUGCACAUUUGGAAUACUUUACUCCAAAUGGAGGUUACUGUCUAAAGGUAUUGAAACUAAUGAAAAUACUGCCGAUAAUAUUAUCAAAGCCAUUUGUGUACUACACAAUACAAUAUUAGACAGAGAAGGUUUCGAACGACAUCUUAGCGAAAUUACUACUCUUGCAACCCCAAGAGGCUCUAAUAUCCGCUGCUCUCAUAUUGGACGUCCUACAGAAAGUGCCAAAAACAUCAGAGACACCUUUAAACAGUUUAUUUGUCAUAAUCGUAUAGCUUACACCGAAUAA